GAGCGAGGAUAAAGGGACCGGGAGAGGGAGAUAAAGAGAGAGAGAGAGAAGGAUAUGGAGGCGAAGGGACAGGGUAACGUGAUGAAUUAAAGGUAGAAAGGGGAGGAGAAGGGUAGUUUUGUGUGUGAGAGAGAGAGAGCGUAGGGAGCUAGCGGUAUAAAGCUGGGCGUCUACACUCCCCUCCGGUGCAGUGAGUGGGGAGCGGGCCGACUUUAGCAGCUCCGCAAGUUUUGUCCCAAACUGUUGCAGCCUUUUUGCCGACGGAGACGGCGGACAGUGAGGAGAGGCUGAUGUUUGAUUGUUUGGAUGUUCCUACCCGAUCCUGUUGAAUCCCAAGACCACAAUGAGUGAAAUCGUAAUAGAUAAAUCCAAUUUACCUCGGGUGCGAGAAGUGUGCCGUGGCUUUGCAGUGUUGGAGGAUGGAGCAUUGGCACAUAACCUUCAGGAACAGGAGAUUGAGCAGCACUACGCCUCGAACAUUGAGAAGAACAAGCUGGUGCGGCAGGAUGUCUGCGUGGCCAAGAAGCUGCAGAACGAGGAGGAGCUGGAGGCCAGGCACUACAGCCGGGAGCACCAGCAGCAGAUUGAGGAGAUGGAUUCCCAGUACGCUAAGGUUGUCCAGGAGGAGAUUGAGAAGCGGCUUGAAGAGAGUCUGCGGCGGGAGGCGCAAGACAAGGAGGUGGCCAGGAGGCUCCAGGAGGAGGAAGAGCUGAGGAACCAGAGGAGACUCACACUGGAGGCUGAGGUGUAUGGAACCAGACAGGAGGCAUACCGACAGAAGGGGAAGAAACCGUGGCGUGGACAGGAGGGGCACUCCCUGGAUCGGAAGGUUGCAGAGCUGAACAUCAGAGAUGAGUAUGGCACAGACGAGGAGCAGCUGCAGAGGGACGAGGCACUGGCCCGUCUCCUACAGGAGGAGGAGGAAGUGAGGAUGAUGCAGCUGAAAUCAAGGAGCCAAAAGAAUCAAGAGGAGGACUUUCGCACUGCGCAGGUUGCACAGGAUGAGGAAAUUGCCCGGUACAUGCAAAGACAGGAGCUGAAAGCCCACAAGCAGUCCAAGGAGCUCAGGAGACCGUGCUCCGGAGAGAGCAACAAUUCCCCAGAGAGGUGGGAGAGGCGGAGUCGAACGGGCUUCUCUCGCCAGGAGCGGCUGAAUUCAGAAGGAUUCCCAUCUCCCAGUGGUGGGCAGAGUCCAGAGCGAGGGUCAUCACCAGCAGAGCAGCUGACACAGUCGAGGUAUCUGUUUCCAAGAAAUAUCGCUGAAGAGAUAGAUCCAACCUUUAAAACCAAAAAUGCCAAGUGUUCGCCCGAGACGGUCCAUCCAGUUCCACCAGGGUUGCCUCACUCCCAGGCCGUGCCACCAGACGGUUUCUACGACUACCUGGACGAGCCCCCAUUUGUGCCACCGACUCGGCGGCAGGAAGAGAGGUUGACGAGACAGAAAUCAAAGGAGAAGAGGGAAGGGUGUAAGCAGCAGUAAGAGAGGCCCACUCUGUGCCCCGGGCCAAAAAGCUGCUCUGUUCCGAGAAGACAGUGUGUAUAUAUAAAUAUACAUGUGCGCUGACACACACUUCUCUCUUUGUAUAAACUUCAGGUUUCUGUUCCACACUUUGCUCGAAGCUCUCCAACUAGCUGCGUUUAUGCCUCUGGAGUCUGAGGCUGUCCUGAAUCGCUUGUCUCACUGAUGUCUAUAGAUCUGCACCUAUAGGCUCUGGUCCAUUAACCCAGAGAUAGCAAAAAUCAGCAGGCAUUCUGACUCUGGUAGUAAUCUGUUGCCCUUUAGCGUCAGUGAGGGGAGCCAGGGGUAUGUGGGGGGGGGGGGUUGUUUCCCCAGGGGAAAGAACCAGCUGAAGUUUGAGCGGCUAGCAACAUGGAAAUGGUAAUUGGUGAGACCAAAAGGUGUGAAUUUAUGUGCCCCUUCCUCAUCCUUUCUGUUCACAUGAGUCAAACAGGCUGCGUGCCCCUGGUCCUGACGGAAGUGCUUGCUGUAACUGUGUCCUGUAAGCAGUGCCCAUAGUUGAGAGUGAGAGCUGAGGGAAGGGUGGCCAUUUUCUUACCUCUGGCCUUGAGCCCUCCUGGAUGAGGUAAUGCCCCGCCCCCUCCCCAUAACUUUCCUCGCGGCUCUCGAGUACGGAUGGGUAUGAUGGAUGCCAGGAGCAGGGACAAGCUGAAGAUCCUCCCAGCCUUGUCGCCCAGCGACAGUGCCCCGACUUGCCAACAGAGGCCGCACCAAUGCGGACAAGCCAUUGCCAACUCGUGCCUGCUGCUCUCCACUGGAGAAGUGCCCCUAACUUUGUACAGACCCUCAGUGAGUGACCUGCCACAUCACCUUCUCUAUCACAAUCCAAAGAAGCUGGCCCCAAGGGCUGAACAUUCCAGUCAUUUAAUAAAGUUAGAACGUCUAUCUCGAUCGUUAUUCUGGACAUUGAAAGAGAGCUGUAAUCUGUAUAGGGCCUGUGCUGGGUUUGUCCCGGGGUGUUUGAUGGGAUCAGCUAGGGAGAAUUUUGCUUUUUACCCAGCCUCUGUUUCUAAGCCCGGGAACGGUUCAAAAAAACGUAAAUUGCUUUGCAGGAUAUCUCACUGCCUGUAUUUGCAGCUACUGCAUUUAUUUAUUUAACUGUUACCUUUAACCUGUAAGUUGGCUCAUUGUGCCAGCGUUUGAAGUGGCAUCUCAAAUGUCCAAGUUUUGUAUUAUUAGUAGGACCAAUAAAGAGUUUGUAGAUCUGUA